UGCUCAACGAAAUACUUUCAUGUGGCGAUUUCCAUGAUGUCAAACUAUUGAACUGUGUCCGCAAGGCCGAUUCACCGGUCAUUUUAGGAUUUUCUCUGAGGAGUUUGUUGAAAUCAGGACCAAUAUGCGGUUUUCGUCAAUGGUCUGGGCUCGUCCACUGCUUGGAAUAUUCUUGUUACUGGUUUCAGAUAUCUCAGAAUGCCUACAGAUGGCUGUCCACCCUGAUGUGGGCACCACUGUGACCCUGGAAACUUCCCUUCCUGUGGAGGAGUGCCGUGUCUGCAGGGUCGGGGGUGACGGUGCCUCUGAGGAGGUCUGCUCUUCCUCUCUGACCCUUGAGCCAGACGAAGAUGUCAACCUCCUCUUCAACUGCUCCAGUCUUCCUCAAGAAGCCUUCACCAUCAGCAUCCACAAGAAAAUUGAAUGCACCAAAGAAGACUGCAACCCUGCCGUCGGUGAGAUCCAGCCCUCUCUGUUCAUGGACUUCAACAGGACCUUCGUUUGGAAUGUGAUUGGUCCCGUGGAGGCCCGUUUGGGUCUGACCUUCCCUGGAGACGGGCUAAAGGAGGUCACAUCGUUAGAGCCCUGUCCGGAUGGGUACCGCUACACUGUGGUCAGUUCCCAGCCCGAUGAAGAUGACCACACUGACGCAUUCUGCAGGAAGGGCCCCGUGUCCCACAUAAAUCUGCCCCACCAGGCUUUAGUGUCCCUGCAGGUGCCAGGGAACGAAAACGUGGACCCAACCAUAUUCCAGAUCGCUCCCCUUCCUGUGAAGAAAAAAGGCCGGAUGAUUCCUGUCGCCCCUGACACUGGCACCAUCAUCACCAUCAAGAGGGAUACCGCAGGGCCAGACUGCACUGUCUGCUCCACCGAGGGCUCCAAAGCCCCCCAGUGCUCUUCCAGCCUGAUCCUGAGGGACACCCACAAUGUGUCUGUGGAAUUCUCCUGCACACGCCCACAGGACAUCUUCAGAGUAGAGGUCAACAGGGAGAUUGAUUGUGAUGAGACAACCUGCAUCGGAGACAUAGUGCAAGGGGGCUUCUCCCUCUUCCCAGAAUUCAACAGGACUUUUACGUGGGACUUGAAGGUUCCGCCCACCAGAGCAUUCCAGGUGGACUUCUCUGGGCUGGGAAUGAGGCAGAUCCUACCAUCUGAGAGCUGUCCGGACGAACAAACAUACUCCAUCACCACGUACCUGCGCACUGGGCCCCUCAAUAUUGGGACCUUCUGCCAAAACGGCACCAUCAGCGUGGUCCAAGUGCUGUACAGGGGCCGGCUGGCCCUGAAGGUCCCGGGAGAGAGCCAGCCGGAUCCAGCAAUGUUCAAGGUCUCCGUUGGGCCACAGAUCAAAAAACUUGCUAUAGUCAAAGUCACGCUGCCUCCCGAGUCUUCGGCCCCGCAGUUCUUUUCCGCGAACUACCCAGGCCGUUUCCCGGAUGACGACCUGAUGAUGUGGAACUUCACGGUCCCGCCGAAGCACAACGCCACAGUGCAGUUCCUCAAGUACACGGAGCCGGAGUGUCUGAAGAAGGACGUGACGGUGGAGUACGAGCGCGAGGGCGGGAAGUUCUCCAUGGGGAAGGAGCUGAGCGCCGUGCAACCCGCCAACCUGCAGCGUGGCUUCGGCCUGAGCCUCAUCAACUGCGAGACGGACCGGCGGGGGAACCGGCCGGGGCUCUCGCUCAACUUCCAGGUGUCUGUGUUCAGGAGCAGCCACCCAGUGCUGUGCACGCUGGAUCUGCAAAAUGAGGAGGGCCUGAGCAUCCGUAUUGAGACAAGGAACCCUUCAUGUGAGAUGAAGGUGAAUGGAGUCCUCCAGGAGACAGUCACUUUGCUGUCGGGGAUGAAACCCAACCUGUCCUUCCAGGAUUGUUCCAGUGAGGACCUGUUCAUGACUGUCAGCAAAACCAUAGAAUGCCGGCCGUGGGAGGCGUGUCCGGUGGGCAUGUCCCAGCUCUCUCUCCCCACCCUGGAAGCGUGUCUGCCCAUGCCGAUGCAGAGCAUGACCUGGCAGCUGCGGGUCCCUGAGGACGGCACCGUGGAGCUGCUGCCCUCUGCUGGCAGCCUCCGGCAGUCGCUGCCCGGCCAGCUGUGCACACGCCGCUUCACCGUGCGCGUCGCCGAGGACGGCGGGGUCCCCUUCGGAGAGUUCUGCGCCGGGGGCGCCAUCAGUAAAGUCCAGAUCCAUUCGAACGUCACCGUCGUUGCCACACCCACCAAGGCCCGCAGCCUAUCAGAGGAGACAUUCUUCAACAUCUCUUUCAGCAGAGAGAUCAAGGAGAGCUACAUUUUGACUGUCACCCCAACGGUGGGGACCUCGGCUGUAGUGAGCAGCCCGAACUGGCCCGGCGGCAUGAAGCCCUCCUCCACCGCCUCAUGGAUCGUGAUGCUACCCCCUGAGUACCAGGCCGAGCUGGUGUUCACCAAUGUCAGCCAGCCCAAGUGCGCCGAGCGCCACACCUCCAUCAAGGUGCAGACCCUGGGGUCACUGGAGGAGAUGUUCAGCCGCCGGGAGGACGAGGAGAGGGAGAGCAAGCUGACCGUCCCACAGAGCUUCUUCCUCAACACGUCCAACUGCCUGCCUGAGGAGGGCCACUUCAGCUUGCUGACCACUAUCACCCUGCAGAAAAGGAGGAGCCACCUCCUGAGCAUCAUUCUGGGGACGGUGGGCGCCUUGCUGCUACUGAUGAUCAUUAUGCUGAUUGUCGUGUGUGUGGUUGUCAGGAAGAAAAAACAGAAGGCAGACCAGCAGGCGUCCAUCUACAUCCCAAAAGGGAACAUCUUCCUCCCGGGCGACAGUCCCUUCCCCAAAUCCCGGGCGAACAACGAGUCCCACGUCUACGCCUCCAUCGAGGACACCAUGGUGUACGGCCACCUGCUGCAGGACCAGGGCUAUCCGGGGCCGCUGCAGGGUCAGUACCAGGGGCCCCAGGUGGACGCGUACCGGACCUUCGCCGGGCCCACAGACAACCCUUCCAUGGGCGAGAAGGCGGCCCUUGAUGCGGAGGUCGGCAUCUACCGGCCCUUCCUCGACCCGUCCCAGGCCGCCGACCCGCCCCGUCCCCGCACCCCUCUGGGCCGCCAGGACAGCCUGGCCUUUGUGGACACCCGCAUGGUGGGCAACGAGCUGAACACGUUCAAGAGCAACGGAGACAUCACCCCGCUGCGCCUCUCAGCAGUAGAGCCAGUAUCGGCUGUGGAGGAGGACGAGGAGUGGGAUGACGGCGAUGAGGAGGAGGAGGAGGAGGGUGUGUAGAGAGGGGCGUGGUCACGGGACAAACAUGGCUGUUACUAACUGUGGAGCACCUCCCUCCGCUCCAGGUCCCCUCAGGCAUUGAAAAGAACGAGAGGUCCAUGCCUGCCUCGGGAUUAAACGGUACAGUAUUGAUGGGAAAGGGGAAACCAGUGUGUGAACUAGGAAAAGCCUGCUGAAUGAAGCCUACCUCUACGGCAUCUUCUUAUUGGACCCAGGUGUCCUAAUAGUUUUAUUUCCUUUUUAAACCAAGCCAAAUGUCCUGGACAAAUGACUUAGAAAUCUUCAUGGUAUUCUGUCUUUUUGAAUGAGGCAGGUCUUAGGUUUGUGUAGUAUUUUAAUAUAGCUCAUGGUUUUAAUAUCAGUGAUAUGGGCUUCAGUGGCAUCUUCCAUUUCAUGAAAAUAGAUUUCUUUCAACACCCGUUGUAUGAAUGUAUUGCAGAAACCGAGCAAAUUCAGAAAAGUGAAAUCUUUGCCAUCAUGUACUAAACCUUUUGGUGUCAGCUAAGCAUAUUUUAAUGAUCAAGUGCCAAAAGUUUAAACACCACUUGUGCUGUUGGUUUUAUAUUUUUUUCUUAAAAUUGUUCAUGUCUUUUGCUCCCCUGACUCUCAGUUUUAAAAUCAUAUUAAUGUCUAAAGUUGAAUUGAUGUAUAUAAUAAUGUAUGUUUCACAAUAUGUAAAAGUUUUGUAUAUUAAUACAGAGUUUAGGAUGAUGGUUGAUGUGCAGGUACCGUUUUUUAUAUGACAGUCAGAGCUGGCAGCCGAACGUGUGGGUCCAAGCCAAGCACUGCAGACAGUCUAUAAUAACAUGCAAUUCAGCGCCUAUGUUCCUUGUGCUCUCUGUACUUCCUUGCUUAUUCUGAAGGGUCAGAGUGGAAACAGGAGGUUCCAACACCAUCUGUGCUUCUCUGCUGUCUGCCCGUGCUCUAGAAGACCGCACCUCUAGAAAAAUAUUCAUUUCAUAACGAGCCAGCAAAUCAGAAUGCUCAUAGCCUCAACAGUGAGAGAGAUGGGACUUCAAAUGUGAAGCACGUGGAGUUAACUGCCUGGUGAAUAUACAGUAUCUGAGUGACACCAUUGUAUGUGAACAAUACAUCAUGGGUAUUCUGUGCAAUACCGUCGGAUGGCUCCUCUGGAUGUUUGGUGAUUUUCUUCCUCAAGAACUGAAUUGGUUUCUACAAACCUGCAGGCGGCAGUGCACACACUGCACAGUUUUAUCUGAUUGCCUUAACCAUGUCACCCAUCAGGGAAGUGCAACUUUGAGAAUCCUCAGAUAUGGGUAACUAGACACACACCAUGGAUUAAUGCUUUUGUCAGUGAAUGUGUGAGGUUCCUUCAAGUCAUUGACUGGAUUCUCUGAUCUGCUGUUGUUUACCCGUGAUUUGUAUUCUUUAAAUACAAUGUCAGAUUUUCAGAUAGUAGUAAGCUUGCGUCACCCUGUUCCUCAGUUUAUCUGAUUCAUUGGAAUGUUGAAAAACUGGAUUAUGUUCAUUUGUGUAGCUGAGAAUUUCUAUUUAUUCAGGGUGUACCAUGUGUUUUCGUAUUGGGAUUCUUAUUUAUGAAAGGAUUCAGACAGAGCAGUAAUUCUUGUUAAAACAUGUUUGGAAACCUGUGUGUAUUUGUGGGGACUGUUGAUGUUUUUCCAAAGGCCAUCAAGCUAUAAUUUUAUUUUUUAAAAUCAUGAGAAUGCUUUUUCAAGACUUUUUUUUUUUUUCAUUUUCACAGCUGCAUGUGCUUUUAUUUCAAAAAUACUGUCACAUCUAAUAAAAGGUUUUCUGUUUAUGAAAGCUAGGGUUUGGGCUGAGUAACUGCCAGAUGGGAUUUUUUUUCAACCAACAUGUUAUAUGGAAUAUAUUUAGAGUUUUCAUCUGGAGCUUGAAAACUA